UGUUUCGGAGAGGACGAACUCAACAUCCUGUCGAAUCUAGUCUAUCCUGACCUCUAGUGCGUGUUUACGCGGUAUGAAGGCUUUUAUCAUCAUUGAUGAUCCAUUGACGGGGUGUCGCCAACGGUUUCCUCCUGUCGCAUAACGCUGCUUCACUACCAUCGCUUCUCACGUUAUGCUCCGCCGAGUCCUAUCCUCGAAAUUGCACCCACAGCUUCCCCUGAAUCGACAAGACCUGCAGAAGCUGCUUGACCAAGUGUCAACGUCUUUCCGUGUACACCUCGACCGCGUCCACGGCGAACCGGCUCCGCGGCCUCGACUAGUUGACUCGGCAGUUGCCACCACCGCUCCCCCUCGCGACAACCACGUUUCUGCUCGACAAGCCGCUGCGACACACGUAACGGCUGUCCUUUCGAAUCCUUUAUUCUCAACAUCUCCGCUUCCGACGAAACCAGCUUCCAGUGUCCCGAAUGAUUCCCAUAACGUUCGAUCGGUUCGAGCGGUUCUCCAACACCCCCUCGAAUGGCUUGAGAAACAAAUCGCCAGCGGGUCUGGCACGGUCGUGCAAGUACAAGCUUGCCUAGAAUCUCUCCUUCGAGCGUCGAAAGAUAAUGAGUCUCAUGAGGCGCCGGAGGUUCUUCACGUUCAGCAGCGUCAGGCAGCGAGAACCAUCAUGAACUGGAUUUGGUCUACGAACCAAUUAGGCAAUGAGGAAUUUUUACGAAACGAAAGAUUCGCGCGGCAGCUGGCCUCCUUUCUGGGGUCUACCAAUCAUCAUGAUGUUGUAAUGCGAUGGAUAAAAGUGCCGUCGCAAAACGCCACAGACAGCAGUGCUCGAAUUCAGCGACGAUGGAAUGGGGCUCUCACUGCCGGCCUGAUCUUUCAUGAGAUUUCCGACGAUCCAUCGGGAGGUACGGCGCUCACACUGUUUAACCGUGCUGUGUCCAUCAUGGCUGCAGAGGGGAAAUUUUGUUCAGGAUUUCAACCUGCUGCAAACAUUCUCUUACGGCAUUUUGCAUUUAGCCAAAACCCGACCAAAGAGGAUUCACUCGAGUAUGACGGAUUCAUUUCCAAUAUUUCGCGCACAUUCCGAAGACCCGAGCUGAACAAAGCCCUUCUGAUGCUACUUCAUCCUACCCACCCGGAUUUGGAGGCGGGUAAAGCCUUUCUGCUGAACCUUGAUGGGAAGGCUUCCGACCUCAUGAAGCACAAUGCUAUGGAGAAGGAAAAGGCAGCAGCACUAAGUUUGGGGGUCGCAACGCUGCUCCUUCACCAGAAACGUUACGACGAAGCUUCAUCCAUACUUGACAUCGCAAAGAGUCUUGUACAGAUUGACAGGGAUGAUGUUGGGCAGGAAUUGCCAAAUAUGGGGAUCCUCGACGCGCUCUUGGACCGCAAAGGAGGACUCGAUCCUGUACAUUAGCAAGGCUGAAGAUCGAAGAUCCAGCUUCAAGGAUGGCAUGGGAAAGUCUAGCAAGUAGCAUUAUCCAUGAUUUGGGCAGUUGGCUACGAAGAUUGAUGCUCUGCUAUGAACAUCUGUGUAUAAUAAAUCACCUGUGCAAAGUAUCUCGAGGACAGACACCAUUCAGCGGAAUUAAAAUGAUCAAGUGACA